GGAUAUAGUUUUUAAAAUCUGCGCAUGCGGUCAGGUACUUGGUAACCGAUUGUCUGAGAAGCUGGAAAUAUUUUGCAGAUAGAUUAUUUAAGUAAGUAAGAAAAUGGCUGAACAAGAAGAACAAAAGAAGGAACCAGAAUCAAAGAGAGUUCACACAUACCCGUUAAUACGACACUCUGAUAUGAAUGAUGAAAUGAAAACAGAGGCUAUGGAGUUGUGUGUAACAGCAUGUGAAAAAUUUUCCUCUAACAAUGAGAAUGCAGCACGAAUGAUAAAGGAAACAAUGGAUAAAAAGUUUGGUGCCUCUUGGCAUGCAGUUGUAGGAGAGGGAUACGGAUUUGAAAUCACACAUGAAGUAAAAAACUUGUUAUACAUGUUUUUUGGAGGAAAUAUGGCCAUUAUUGUUUGGAAGUGUUCUUGAGAAGCAGAUGCCUUACUGUAUAUAGUCAUUUUCAUUUUGCCUUUCCAAAUAACUGAAUGAGUUACAUUCCUUCCAACAUUACCAAAAUGUACAGUGACGUAGUACAUCGUCUGUGAUACACAAAUUUAUCUGACAUUUACAGAGACAAUGCUGCACAUUCAGCUACCUUAAUGCCUUCUUUAAUUUUAUUAUUUUUAUCCAAUUUUGUUGCCUUGAAACUAAUUAUUUUCUACAUUGGACACUUUCACAAUUUUAAAUAUUUUGUAUAUUGUUAUAGUGGAGAAUAAUCUCUGUGAACAAUUGGUAGAUAUUAAGUCUCCUUCGUAAAUGCCUUUAUUAUUCUUUAAUUCUAUGGGAGAUAUAAAUAACAAAUGCAAGUCUGCUUGUCCAAAGAAUGUAUAAAUCUACAUGUAACUUGUCUGUAUAAAAUAAAUAUAUAUGUAUUGAAAAUAAAACAAAUUGCCUUGAAA